AUGUGUGAUGAUAUGAGCUCAGCUGAAAUCAUGCAAUAUGACUUUGAAUCAAUUCAAGAAGCUUUAGAUGAUUUUUCUGAUGCCAAUAGACUCGGGCAAGUACAAUUGGAUUGGCAAAGGCAGUACAAAAUCAUAGUUGGGGUUGCUUGUGGACUCUUGUAUCUUCAUGAAGAUUCAAGAGUACGAAUAAUUCCCAAAGAUAUGAAAUCUAGUAACAUUCUUUUAGAUGCCGAGAUGAAUCCCAAGAUUGCAGAUUUUGGAAUGGCUAGAUUGUCUGUUAGAGAUGAGACUCAAGGAAAUACAAGUAGAAUCGUGGGAACCUAUGGAUAUAUGGUCCCCGAAUAUGCGAUGCAAGGGAAAUUCUCUGUUAAAUCAGAUGUCUUUAGCUUUGGAAUAUUGGUACUUGAGAUAGUUAGUGGCAAGAAAAAUAACUAG